UGGCAACAGGUUUUACUGCAUGUGACAACAUUCUUUGCACCAGCUCACAAACAGCUCUUUAUAUAAAACUUUAUCCACAUGGAUCAGUCGGCCAGGCUUUAGCGGUCAGUCUGUAUUUUUUCACUGUAUUUCAGCUUUUUUUGAAAGAGGAGCAAAGAUGAUAAGGACUAUGAUUCAGCAUGCAAAGAAAUAUCCUGGGGUAGGUUACAUUAUGAUCCGUAUGUAGUGUUUUUUGUGAGUAUUGCUAUGACUACGAAGAUUUUUGAGGUAUAACAGAUUCUUAAAAACUCUUAAAGAUUAACCAGAUUUCUUUUCCCACAUUGUAUAUAAUGAGAACUAAUACAGUGUAGAGCAAAACAACCACUUCCAAACACUUCAAAUGUUUUAAAAUGUAAAGACUAGUGAAGGCUUUAUGGCUAGUCAUAAAAGUUAUUAUUUGUUGUUGUGUUAAAGCCUGAUAUUUUGAUAAAGUUGUUGCAAAAUGUUUGUCAGAGUUGCUGUUACUUGACUCUGAUGCCUAAACAAAGGGACUGAAAACUCUUUGAGUCGUGAGCCUUCGGGUUCACAUUUUGCUCUAUACUUUAAAACAACAAAAAACACAGAUCGCACUGUCUAAAUCUUAACACAAGUACUGUACCUGCACUUUGUUACAGUCUAUCAUUGCCAUUUUAAUUUGCUUUGUUGCUGUCAUAAUAAAUGAAGAAAGAAAUCAAAAGAAAGACGCAGAAGCUGUCACUGCUUGUUUUUCCUCUCUUGCCUCAGAGCUAUGCGGAGGGUGACCCAAAUUCAUGGAUUGACAGAGAUAGCUUGGCAGAGCACCAGAAAAGUAAUAAGGGCAGCAACACUAUCGAACUCCAGCGAGUAUAAAACACUUCCUAUGUCGGUCAGGCUGAGUGGUAGAAGGUGAAACACACACCAGUAUGAAGAUAUCAGCACCAGAGAGUGGACAGCUCCCUGCACACAGGCCUAUCUUGUUGUUUGAUCUGUGAGUGUGAGUGUGUGCACGUGUGAGUCAUCAAAGCUGACCUGCUUUCAAGUAAUUGUGUGUGUUUAAGCACGGCUGUCUAGUGCUGUAAUUACCAAAGCUGAGGAUCUACUGUCACUGAGUGAAGUGUGCAGUGUACUGGUGUGAGUGUAGUUGUAUAUUCAUAUGUCCAUACGUAUGUAUAUAAACAUUUAAAACUUUAGGGCUAUCAAAAACAGUUCUUCGAAGGUCUGAUGUGAGAAGGUGAAAAGUGUACUGCAACAUAUUUGGUGGGGGCUUGGCAAGUAUAGGGUCUAUGUUGCUAGGUGAGCACACAUGACUACAACAUCAGACAGGUGCUAAAAUACAGAAAAAAGUGAGAUUAUCAGUUAGUUUAUCCUAACAAAGUACACUAGCGUAAAAAUGAAUGCAUACUUUAGUAAUAAAAAAAUACAUACAGUAGUUUCAACAUGCCAAAAUGCAAGAGUAGUUACUUGUAGAGUUUAUGAUUAUGAUUCUGGCCUCCCACUAUUAUAAAAUAUUAUCAUCAAUUAUUGUGCCGCCUACUGUGUUGUCCCAUUAUGUCCUACAAGGAUCAACUGUGAAAAUGGUUCAUUUUCCCUGAAACAAUCUUUAAAUUUGACAUUACUUUUUCAAUUUUGAAGACAGGACUCAAAUUCCAUUAAGGGGUUUUCCCAGCACUGAUGCCUAAAUAAGUAUAAAACCUACUAAAUAUGAAAAUACUGAUGAUGGAAUUAGUCUUUCAAUAAUAAAACCCUUGUUAAACCCUUUAAAGAAAUGAUUCCAGGCAUUCAAGAUAUGUCAUUGUGUUUUUUUAAUGAAAUUGUCUAUUUUAAGUCAUUUAUGUCCUUGUUAGUGGUUGUUCAUAAAAGCAAUAGGGGGCGCCUUGCAAGGCACGUGUAAGGCUGCAUGGCACAGAAAAUCAUAUGGGUUUAAGUUUCACUUACUGUGCCAUAGCUUCAGCUUUUAAAGAAUACAGUCUUUUUGUCAAAGAAAAAAACUGUAUGAUAAAGAAGUAGUUUGUCAAGUUUUGAAGGAUAGGCUACAAGUUGUGUCACCAGUGACUGAUCUCUACAGCUGUAGGUUACCUGUAAGUGAUUCUGAGCUGUCAAUACUUACUUAAUUGUGUCAAAUAUAAAACAAUAAUUUGCUGUGUGAAGAAAAUGACCAAGUAAGAUUUGCAAAUUUGGUUUAUCAUUUAAAAUUAACUUUUUAUUGUAAAUCUGAAGAGCCCUGAGUAAAUGACAAAAAAAUCACUGACUGCAUCCUCAUGCAGAGUUUUGAAACUGGCAGCAGUCAGCUGUCAAACUGUGUUCAGGCACAUCUGUUUACUUGAAUUCAAAAGUUGCCAAGUAGUUGUUUUUGAGUGGUUUGAGCGUAUAGCAGGGUGACGCAUUUUCUUCAUGUUUCUACGGCAGUUUUAAGGUAGCAGAAAUAUCAAAGUUUUAUCACGAGAUGUACUCCUAAUCAACUACAAAGUGAGUGGCGAUGCAAUCAGACAGAAGACAGAUGUCUGGAUACAGCUGAGCAGAGACAUCCUUCAGUUCAACCUGAUCAAACUGUCAGCUUUCUACAGCUUCACUGGAUCUGUGUGGGCUGAGAACAGCUGUUCACUGCUGGCGUGACUCACUCUCCGCCUCUCUCUCCCUGUCUCAUAUACAGAGCAUCUCAUAGCAAAUAAGUAGCAGGAAAGUGUUGAUGAAUAGAUGCUGCACGGUGAGAGGAUUGACGCAGCUAAGGUUUGGCUGUUUAAGUUGACAUAUCAUAUUAUCCCCCUGUCCCCUUAAUGUGCUUUUCUAUUUUAAUUCCUGUCAUCAUCACAGCUCAGAACAUCAUGUAAAAGUGUGUCUGUGGAUAUAUGUUUGUGUGUGUGUGUGGUGUGCACACUUUCAGGUCUGCGUCUGGCUGCUCAGACCUGCAUAUUUGUGUGUCUCCCAUUCUGUGUGUAUGUGUGUGAUGCUGUCGCUCAGCCUGACAGGUAUAGUGUAGAGGAGAGGCUGGCACACACUCACACAGACACACAGCAGCUCUUUCUUCCACCGCGUCCUUGCCCGCUCAACCCGGGCUGACAGUGAGCCGCUGCACACAUGGCCUGGGCCUCAUGCAUAUGGAGGAGGGCAAGGAGAGGAAAAACAGGAAUAUCAACUACCCAUGUCUGUGUGUGUAUGUGUGUGUGCGUGCGUGCGUGUGUUUCUCACAGGUGUACGAUCAUGGUACAUAUCACAGCCAUCCACUUGAUAGGAUGUGUUUGUUUACUUUCAUGAGUCUUGGUGGUCUGGGUCUAAUGCAUUCCUACUCUCCUCCCAUCCUCUCGUCUCCUCUUUUUUACAGUUAAUCCCUCAAUUUUUCUUCCUGACCCUGGGCAUUACAGGGGCCUCCGUCUAUCUGAUCCGACUGGCAAGAGGUCCACACGUUACGUAAGAUUAUUUAUCUACACUAGUAGUGAUGGUAGUAAUCCUUCAUCCUUUGUUUACCACCAGUGUUGUCAUCUUUGGAAAUAAAUCAAAAACAGAGGUGGAUUCUCAUUCUUUGACCGCUCUCCAGUGGUUCACAUCCUUCCUCACAUGAAGAUCUUUGAGUGUAACACAGAGGGGGGGUGUCCAAACCACAUAGCCUAUCAAUAGGGGUUCCUCAGGAAUCAGUACCUGGUCCCUUCUAUUUUCAAUCUCACUCGGUACAAUCCCCCUGCCUUCAUGGUUUCUUGUAUUUCCAUGCAGAUGUCACCCAGCUCCCCCGUCAUCCCCUCAAAACGACACAUCUCUCUUUGCUCUGAUCCCAUCAUGCCUUGCUGAUAUUUCUAAAUAGAUGAAAAAAACUACCUUCAGCUCUACUCGUCGAAAACUGAGCUUUCUGUCAUCCCAGCCACUCCUUUCAAUCAAUGACAGAUCAAUAUCUAGCAUGGAUGAAAUGAACUCUAGCUCACUGGGUGUACCCUGCAUGACUGAUGACCAGAUGACCGUUAAUGUUCAACAAUCGACAAAUGAGUUUACAAGAGGAUAGGGCUGCACGAUUAAUCGAUGUUAAAACGUAAUUGGAUUAUUUGAUUAUGACGAUGUUAAAAUCCUCAAAUCGAUUUUCCUCUCUAUCAUGUCCUGCCCCUCCAGGCCACCGUAGGCUCACCCUUCCUGUGGGAGCGGCACACACACCAGUGUAAACAAACAUGGCGUUUGCCAAAGAAGGCGAUAAUUUCGUGGCUAAAUAAGGCAAAAGCAAGUCAGUCGUGUGGAAUUGGUACGGCUUCGCAGUUUCAGGAGAAAAGCAAACCACUCCCUGCUGCAAAGUCUGUCUGAAGGCGGUAUCAACCCGUCCACAAGGAAACCAAUUCAGGAGUAAACGCAAAAGUUUUUGUUGUAUCGGCGUUUCAUCCACACGAAAACGGCGUUUUGGGUGACUGUAAACGGUACUUUUUCGAAACGGGUCAGAGAGUGAAUAAAUCCGUAGACGACUACCAUUUCAUCUUCGUGUGGAUGUCUAUCUGCAUCUCUGGAAACAAUUAUGUGACACACAGCGUAACUAUUUAAUGGCGUCUGCGCGGCCAAAACAACUUUUAUAUGCAUGCUCUGUACUCUUCUUCUGUCUUUUGUGCAUUUCCUCGGCAGCAUAACAGCGCCACUUACUGGCUCGGCAUGUGCACUAGAUCAUUUUCAGUGGUUUCGUUUUGAGAGAUUAUAGAAAAACUUUUUAUUAAAGUGAAGUUUGGUGAAGUUGUCACUGAAUAAAAUAAUCGAAAUCGAGAAACGAGUUUUUAGAGAAUAAAAAAUCAGGAUUUUACUUUUGGCCAAAAUCAUGCAGCCCUAAAAGAGGCAUAUGGUUGUAUGUUGAGCAGUAAAACAUGUACAACUUGACAACUUUGGUAUGAUACCACAGCUUUGUCUUUUUAUAUCCUUUCCUUCUCUAUUGAACUAAAAGAAAUUCGACUUAGUACGAUUACAGUAGGUGUUCAUUGGUUUAAAUGUAUCUUGAAGAUUUAGACGUACAAAGAAAUGCAAUGUAUUGAUCUUUAACAUUGUGUAAAUGUUCUAACUAUGCUAAAAAAUGCAUUCACAUUUGAAAAGAAUCUAAAGCCAUCCAUAUCAAAGCCCUGGCGUCAUGUCAUUAGCAGCAUACCAUUUGUUGAAUAAUAGUUUACAAUAUGUGGAGCUUCUGUAAUUAACUGUCAUAUUUCUGAAGCUGUAACAUACACAGUGAACUCAGUGACUGCACAUCAACAGUAAAUGUGUACUGUUCACGUCCUAUUUUGGGCCACACAGAGGCACUUGUUGUGAGGGUCAGACAUAACGCCUGACCUCAUCAUCAGCUGGGGAUGAGUGCUGUGGUCAGUGGUUUCCUCUCCCUCAGAGACCGGCUGGUGUUUGUGGUAAUGGAGGGAGAGCGAGAGACAUGCCCGCUCUGCCAUCAGCUUCCCGGUCUCUUUGUUUGUGCAUUUGCUGCGUGAUGUGCUGCCAGAGGGGGGGAGGAAGAGGAGAGGGGGCGAAGGAUGAGAGUGAGGAGGAGGGAUGGACAGACACAGAGGAGUGCGGUGAAAUCCAGACUUUGGUUAAUGAACAGAGGAGAGCUGCCAAGUCACUGGGCUGAGUUCACCUCAUCUCAUAAUCACCUCGCUUUUUUCCAACUUGUGUCUUCAUCUGGCAUCUAUGAAUUUAUCUCCUUUUGUCUCUGUCCUUCUGUUACUCUGUCCUCUACGCUCUCCCAUUUGUUUACAUCUUGGUCUUUUUCUCGUACAAUAGUCUUCCUUCUUUGUGCAUCUUUUUCCUCUUUAUCAAUUUCCCUCCAUUAUUUGUGCUUUUCUUAAACCCUUUCUUUUCUUGUCUUCUUUCUGUUAUUCUGCAUGCUCUGAAUCUUUCCACACGUGCAGCCUCUGGGACAAAAAGAACAACCCAGAGCCUUGGGCCAAGCUUGACCCAACCUACCAGUACAAGGUACCACUCUCCUUUCUCACAAGGCACAUGCACCCUCACAAUAAUCAUGACAGCCAGGGAACUCAUUUUGAGAAGAAUGCUGUCCUAAGUAAAUGUCCCUGAAAAGCUCACCCAUCAUCAGCCCCCAAAAAAAACUCAAAAUAGAUUUGGACCGACCAGUACAAGCAAAAUAAUAUCAAAUCAACAUGGCUGCUUUCUGGCCUCCUUCUGCCCAAACGUAAGAAAGCAAAGUGUAUUUCAAAGCAAAUUAAGGCAGAUGGAAGCAGAGCUUUUAGAGGUCUGUAAUGAUUUACCUUACCUCUCAAACAAGGCCAGAGCCACAGACAAGCUAAUAAAAAUAUUAACAAUGCUGACCCAAAAUAGAGCAGAAAAACAACCGACUGACAGCUCCCUGAAGAGGAGACGUGGAUGAUGUGUUUUUCAGAGAAAAGAGGAUUUUCUUAGGGGGUUUCAAGGCUGCGUUGCUUUGCGGUGGAAUGAAAGUCGCUGCCGACAAAAGGUCAGGACAUGGCAUGUUUAAUUCUCGAUAGCAAGGCAAAGGUCUCGCAUCGAAAUUCCACUGAAGUCCAAACAAUGAUAGUAAUGUGGAGAGGGGAGUCAGGGGGAGGCGAGGAUAUUAACAGCAGACUCAUAAAAAAAUACAGUGAGGAAAUAAUCCCUGCCAGAGCAAAAAUGUGUGUUUUUUACGGUUUGAGGCUUGUGUGGAUGACAUGUAUUCAGUCAUACAAUAUAUAUUCAUUUUCAGUCAAUAUGUCAUUAAAUAUAUCAUUCAUUCAGGUAUUAAAGUAAGGAUAAUUGAAAAAAUACACAUCAGCCAAGAAGUAUCUCAGAGAAAAAAAAGCAUGUCUUGUGUGUACUGCUGUCUUUAUUUGCACUACAGUUAGAAAAUUAAAUUCAACAUUCGUUUUUUUCCACAUGCAUUCUCUCACAGACAGCACUGAUUAAUUUAAUUUAAGCAAAACAGAUUUAAAUGUAUUCCUCCUGCCUUCCACAGUUUCUGGCCGUCAAAACCGACUACAAGAGCCUGAAGAAAGAGGGGCCUGACUUCUAAAGGUCCUCCAUGGAACUCCAGAGAUACCAAGUUUGGAAUGACCUGCUGUCGCGUCAGUAAUGUGAACCGACUUACUGAACAUUUUCUCGGCAUGACUAACGCUCUGAAUCAACACUGUAACCCUGAGCACAAAAACUAUUAAAGGUUGCAUGAGACAGAAAAAAU